AUGGGUCGUUCCCAUUCAAAAGUUCAUGCACCCCCGCCACCCACACAAACGAAUUCAACCGUUCAUAAACGCAGCAAGUUUAGAAUGAAUAUCGAAAAAAAGAAAUUGAAAAAGUUUUGGUUUGGAAAAAAGAAAAGUAAAAUGGAUCAAUUGAAAGUUCCACUUCCGACAGUGACUUCUGAAAUCAACUACCAAAAUGGAGACUUUGAAGUUGAAAUUAAGCGACGAAUGCAAGAACAAUUGGCAUUCAACAGUGACAUCUUUGUUCUCGAUCAGAUGAUGAUGUCCGUACAAUUUUUUGCUAAUUAUGAGAGGGAUCUAUGGGAAGCCGUCGAAUUAAAUCGAAAUCGUGAGAAUCAAAAAACAGAACAAGUAACAAAACAUUGUAAGACAAUUUUGAUGCCUGAUCGAUUAUAUGAAGCUGUAGAUCGUCGUGUUAAAUAUGUGGCAAAACAUGGGAAAUUUAAAAAUCAGCUUCAACCUCUUCAAACACAAACAAUUUACAUCGUUCACGAUAAUAUUGAAAUAACAAAUCCCGGCGAGAAUUCAGUUUACAGCAUUUUAUCUGAUGCACCGAUUUACAAGCUUCAAAUUGACGAUCCAUUUGAGGGAAGUCGCAAAAAGAAAGUUGUUCGCCAUGUCGGUUACAUAAAAUUGAAAAGCUUUGAGAGAAUCACUAAGAAUGAUGUUUUGAGUUAUAAUUUAUCAUCUGACAGUCAAUAUGUGAGUGGAUCAUUGAAGAAUGAAGACGACGACGAGACUGACAUUGAUGAAGACGAAAUUGAUGUCCCCGAAGGAUUUCUGAGAGCAAAACUUCGUGACAGCAUCAGAUAUGGAAGGAAUAAAGUUGAAUAUUACACGCCAUCAUCAGUUUCAAUAUCACCAGCAAGCAGCGAAUAUGAUUACACUUACAUCAGAGCAUUGCACACACAUCAACCUCUAAACAUGUUACGGCAAAGCGCGUUAAUUAAAAACCCAUUGUCAACUGUCAUGUUACCUGACACAUGCAUUUCAAAUGUCAGUCGAUUUAUGAUCAACAAUAAGAAACAAGAACAAUUUUACAGCACUGGUUACUCCACUGAUGACGAAUCAGAAGAGAAAGAAAUCAAUGAAAGCCAAUAUGAGUGUUAUGAAGGAAGCAGAGAAAGUUACUAUUAUGAAGACAAGCAAUAUUUGAAUUCCAAAGAAUUCUUAUCUUAUUUCAUCAAUUUAUUCCAACAAACACUUGCAAGUGAUUUGGGAAUUUCCGAAGAAACGAUGAAGAAUGCAACGUGGAAAGGUUCGGCAGUGUAUUGUGAACCAUGGGAAAUUAUCCCAGCAAUUUCAUGUCCAUGGCCACGUGAAGCGAAUGAAUGGAUAUUCCGACAGAGAGAGAGUCGAGUAGAUCCUUUAACAGGUCAAUUUGUACAAUGGCCUUCAAUUGAAAUGAUCAACAAAAUCACAAAUUUUGGUUGUCAUGUUAUUCCCCAAGGUUACGCACCUAAACUCGGAACAAAUCUGCAACGUGAACUUGAAUGGAAAAUUGUUUUCCCAGAAGCUGAAAGAUAUUUAGAAAGUCGCUUGACAUCAUCACAAGCAAAGGUUUACAUGAUGACAAAAAUUCUUCUGAAAACUUUCAUCGAACCAAAUCUUGAACGUGGCGUCAACAUGUUUACAACUGAACACAUUCGAGCGCAUCUUUUCUGGCAAUGUGAAUAUAAUUACACAGCAUGGUAUCAAGAACAUUUGGGAGAGGCUUUGAUAAAGUUUUUAACAUCUUUGCUUCAUUGCAUCAAGACACAUCGUCUGCCAGAUUAUUUCCUACCGAAACGAAAUUUAUUUCAGAAUAUUCCCGAGAAGAUUCUUGUUGAUCUUCAUAAGCGAAUCUUUAGAAUAGUUGAAAGUCCAGUGCCUUAUGUGAUGAUUGCUAUAAGGAACUUGAGAUAUCAACGAAACUUCUACCCGAAAUUAAAGUGCAAGCGACUUUACUCGCGACUUAUCAUCGACGAUCCUAACAAAAUUUACAACCCAAAAGUUGAUGCUUUAGAUGUCGACGCUUUGGUACAUGCACCGUCAGAUGAUGAAGAGAAAGAAGCGCCACUUGGAUCGAUUGCAUACUUUGAUCGGAAAGAAAGAAGGUCGAGAAAGAGACGAACACGAUGUGUGAGAUUUGCUCUUGAUGAACAUUACGUUGCUGCUUAUACAAAACGAAAGGAAGCUGAGAAAGACUUACGAAGAUCAUCAAUUGAAUCAAUUGACACAAAGAUCAAAAUUCUGAAGCAUAUGGAAAUGUUAAGACGGAAGCUUGUCUUUGAACUUUUUAUUGAACAAUUUAUCGAGAUGUCUCAUGUUUCGAUAAAAUAUCGUUCACUUCAACAAACAAUGGAAUUGUUGAAACAAGCGGAAAGAUUGUGUUUGUUAUUGCGUGAUGAUAAGUUUGUAGAAGAAGCUGAAGACUAUCAAAGUGCGAUAGAAUCAUUGCGUUUAGCAGCAGAGAAUUCAAUUUCGGCAACAAUUCAAGGCCCUGAACUUCCACGACGCGAAAGUUUACUCGAUAAAAAAGCAAUUAAAAUUCGUUUCCGUCCUGAAGAGCCAAUUGAAAACUCGAUAAUGGAAAGCAAAACAAACUUAACUGAAGUUCCAUCGGACGAUGAUAAUGACGAAAUUUAUAAUUAUCACAAAUCAAUUGUUGUUCAAAUUCAUGCAACAUCAGCUGAAAACUUGGCACGUUUCAACCACAAUGAUGGUGAAUAUGAUGACAUCGACGAAAUUGCAAGUUCAAUGGAGAAACUUGACACGCAUUUAGACAAUAAUGGAAGAAAUAUGAAACAUAAAAGUGAUAGUUCAGCAAAUCUUUAUGAAAUACUUUAAUUUCUUCCACCCACGCAAUUAAUAAUUAUUUUGAACACUUUCUGUGAUAACUUUUAAGUGUUUUUAAUGUUGAAUUAAUUAUUGAUCAAAAGUUAGGAAUCGCCCAGAACGAGAACAUUAACGAAUGAUAUUUUAAACAGGAUUUGAGUGUUUUCUUAUGAAUAGUUUGAGAAUUAAAUAAUUUCCUAAAAGUUGUAAGUUAAACGUCUUAUCAGUUCACUAGUUAAUUCAAUUUAAUUCUUCCGGAAAAGAAACCUUGUCGUUGUUUCUUCAAAAGUAACAAAAAUUAUUAAUUUUAAAAGAAAAAAAAUGUAAAAUGUUGUAAAGAAUGAUUAAAUAAAUAAAAACCAACUGAUUAGAACG